ACGAAUGCAUUCAUUAAUGUUAAUUUUUGCAUUUGUGCAGUGAUUUUUGUUUUCGUAAAAUUCUUAAAAUCCUGUUGGUUUUCAAUAGAUGUUUAAAACUGGACAUUUUAUUAAAUGUUUAAGACCAAAUUGUAAGUAUUAGAAAUCAGUUUUUUUAUAGUAUAGUAUAUGUACACAACCUGUCAACUUGGAACAAAACAUAUUAUCAGACUACGUGAUUUCCAUUUAUAGGUAAAUCAUUAAAGUGUAUCGUGCCAUGUACUACAAUGGCCUCUGACAAUGAUUGGAAAGGGGUACCUAUGUCCCACAUCAUUGGGUCCCAGUCACCUUGGGGGUCCCCAGAGUUUCCACUGGUGCAACCAGGGUACAACCAUGCAGUGUUGUACCAUAUACCGGGAAGCGGUACACAAUUGGACCGGCCGCCCAAACCCCAGGUUGCAAGAGACAAGUGGGACCAGGAACAUGUUAGGAUGCCCUUCUCAAAACACAGCUUGUACCCUGUUCCCAAAGGAUCUGGAGAGACUGAGCUGAAGAGCCGAUGGGAGAUGAUACAGGAUGCUCUCAGCAAGCCCAUCAAAAAUAGCAAAGAGUUGGCCAGCACUAUACUCAGUUACAACUCACAGUUCAAAGAUAAAUGGCAGUUCCGUUCUUUGCAUAGUUUAUUUGAGUCUUUGGACGAAGACGAGGCGCAGUAUUUCUUUGAUGUCACUCUGCCUGAAAUAGCUAAGCUGGCUCUAGCGUUGCCAAAGUUGAUACAGGCACCUAUACCCUUACUGAAGCAACACAAGAACCGCUCAGUAUCAUUGUCUCAACAGCAGAUAUCUUCUCUAUUAGCGAACGCAUUCUUCUGCACCUUCCCUAGAAGAAAUACACAUAAGAAGGAUGCAGAGUACUCGUCAUAUCCAUUUAUCAAUUUUAAUGCAUUGUACAACUGUACCCCUUCCACGCAUAUAUUGGAAAAAAUCAAAUGCUUGUGUCACUAUUUCAGACGGGUCUGCAGAAAAGUGCCAGUGGGGGUAGUCACCUUCAGUCGACGCUCGGUACCGCCAAAGUCGCUGCCAGACUGGCAAAGCAGUGCCAAGCCGCUGGCAGAGUUGUCAGUACACGUGGACCCGCAGAGCACUAUCGAGCACGCGCACGGACUGAUACAAGUCGACUUCGCCAACAAAUUCCUUGGCGGUGGUGUUCUGGGCUAUGGAAGUGUGCAGGAGGAGAUCAGGUUCGUGAUAUGCCCUGAGCUGAUGAUAUCCAUGCUUUUCACUGAGUACCUGAGACCUAACGAAGCACUCAUGAUGAUAGGGUGCGAACAAUUCUGUACAUACACUGGCUACGGUCACAGUUUCCAAUGGUUGGGAGACCACAAUGAUGAAACGCCAUACGACUCCUCCGGCCGCCGCCGCUGUGCCGUGUUAGCUAUAGACGCGCUGCCCUUCCAUACUAAACUGCAGGAGCAUCGUAAAGAGGCCGUCAACAGGGAGCUGAAUAAGGCCUGGGUGGGGUUUUCAUUCUACACUUCAGAUGACCCCGGGCCACACUACCCCGGAGUGGCCACGGGCAACUGGGGCUGUGGGGCAUUCGGGGGAACCGCGGCCCUAAAGGCCCUUUUGCAGGCGAUGGCCCUAACGCAGUCCGGCCGACCCAUGGCCUACUACACCUUCGGCGACGCGAAGCUUAGGGAUGAUAUUAUGAGAGUUUAUAACUUGCUUGUGAAGCAUAGUGUUACUGUUGGAGGGCUGUACGGAUUAAUUCUGGAUUACUGUAAAACAGACAUACUGAGAUGUAACCUGUAUAAGUUCUUGGAGAAGAUUUUGGAUGGCAAAGAUUCAUCAAGCAUAAGUCAGACUUCAACUCCAGAUCAGCCUGAACCUAUGGAUUGUAACGCCGAAACUGAGCAGUAUAACUUGCCGCUAAAAGAAGAGCUGGUUCUCGAUAGAUCACCAGAUUUAUUCGAUGACGAUGAUGCAUUACUUAUUACACCCGCAAAACUUAAAGUUAACGGACAAAACGAUAGCAGACAAAAAGAUUUGAGUAAAGUGGACGAAGUUGCCGACAAUAAAAUCAUCGGGGCGACUAGUUCCAAAGAAACGGUAGAUAAUGAUCACAAAAUAUCGAAGAGUGAUCAUAAAAUGGCGGAAAGUGAUCACAAUACAUCGAAGAGUGAUCACAAAAUGGUGGAAAGUGAUCACAAAAUGGUGAACAUUGAUCAUAAAACGCCGACAAACAUAAAUAAAAAGCCUGCAACUGAUCCAAGAAUGUCGACAAGUCCUGCCGAAAUUGCGGAGAAAAGCAAAACACCUAAUCAUACUUCAAGAUUAUUCGAAGAAAUGGAAAAAAUAGACGAAAGCAGUGGAAAUUUAAAUCUAAAAAGUCCACAAAAUUCAAUUUUCCGACAGAAAUCUAAACAGGCAGAAAUGGCGGAAAACAGUGAAGCUUGUAAUCGAUCGUCGAGAUUGUUCGAUGAAAUGAAACAGCUAGAUAAAGAUAGUGGAAAGUUGAACCUAAAAAGUCCUCAGAAAUCGGCGAUGGACGUAGAGGAUAAAGUACUUUCGGAAGUAAACCCUGAUGCGAAAAAGAAAUUAGCAAGGAAAAUUACAGAUUACUUUUCAAAAAAACCUAUUUAACGUACCUACUAACCUCCCAAUAAAGUUGAUGAAAAAUGUAUUAGUCAAUUCUAAAGUAUAUACAGUACUACAGCUACUUUUAUAAAAACCAAUUAAUGUACACCAAUGAAAUACAGACCUUAUUGCCUUACGUUAAGAUUUAAAACAAGAACAACAGAGACUUGUGCUAUCUCACUCAUAAUUCGCGCGUACAAAAUAUGGCGCGCAGGCAACAACCAAUAGCGAACGGAUGCAAGCUUUGAUUGGCUGGGAUAUUAUAGCGCCAUUAAAAAAUAAUAUUUCUGCGCAAGUACAUUGGUGUAAGUUAUAAAAGUAGUAGUACUUGUAAUCUACUUAUAUUCAGAGAUGUGAUGCAAAGCGUUUAGUCUUUUCACUUUUUCAACUGAGCGGG